AUGUCGCUUGAGGACUCUUCUCCGCGUUCCGAAGCUGCCAAUGCCGCUACUCGGCCGCGGAGAAUCUGGACACCGGCCGAGGACGCGAUACUGAAAGCCCUUGUAUCUCACUACGGUGACGCAAGGGGCCUGCAGAGCCGGUGGAAGGACAUUGCCGCAGGCCUGCAAGACCGCACUGCCAAGGAACAUGGCAUCUGA